AGACAGCUCUGCAACGACGGUCGACCGAUCCCAUGGACCUCUGACAAGGGCCCGGGGAGGAGCUGGCUUGAGGGCUUCCUCGGACGGCACGAGCGCAUCAGCCUUCGACUCGCCCGCAUCUACUAGUCCAAGAGGGUGACCUCCGCGGAAGAUGAACGUCUGCACAAGUUCGACGACUUCUGGGGCUAGUUCUUCGACGAGCACCAGCCGGCGGCCGACCAUGUCUGGAACGCGGAAGUCAGGUGGCACCGUUCAAGGUACGCAGGGACAGCGGGUCGUGGCGGAACGGGGGCAGCCGGUGGUCGCCCAGAUGCGCUCCACCUCGCGAGAGAACUGCACGAUCAUCACCACCAUCAACGCCGCCGGCGCCGUGUUGGCCCCUACCUUCAUCUUCAAAGGGCAACGCUUCAACGGAGAUUGGGUCGCGGAUCUCAACGGCCCGCCGGGUGCGUUCAACGACUGCACGGAGUCGUCCUUCAUGUGUGGUGAGGUCUUCAUCAAGUACAUCAAGAACUUCCACAAGCAGCUUGGCGACCGCAACUUGCUCGACGGAAAACCCCAUGUGCUAGUGCUGGAUGGGCACACGUCGCACGUGAGCUUGGACGUCAUAAAGUUGGUCAUCUCCCUCAACAUCCACCUCGUCCAGCUGCCCUCCCAUAUGUCCCACAUCACCCAGCCCUUGGACGUCGCUGGCUUCGGGUGCUUCAAGAAGGAGCUAGCGACGGUGAUCCAGGCCUUCCCGGCGAGGAACGGAGGGGCACUACCGCGGAAGCGGGACAUGGCCGGAAAUCAACCAAGCUUCCUUCGCCGGGGCGGGCUUGUGGCCGGUGUACAGGGAGCGGGCACUCAGCCGGCUGCUGCGCCCGAAGAGGAAGGUGACGGAAACCGACCGCUUUCCCCUGGAGGACGUCCACAUCGCCGUGACCAACGAACGUCUGGAGGAGUUGAUCGGCGACCGCGGCGUCCGCGCGCUCAGGGCAAAAGGCCAUGCCAGCACGGGACUUCGCGGGUAUCUUCCGCCUCCGCUACAGUAGCGGCUACGGUUUAAGAGAAGGUCGGUACAAGCCAAUUUCACUCUCUUAAAUCCGUCUUUCUGUUCUAUCAUGUUGGCUACGGUAUAAGAGAGAAUUCUCUUUAACAGUAUCUCACUAUAUGAGAAUAUUCUCUUAUAUCGUAGACAAAACUAGAAAGGUCGUGAAACAGGGACUCUCGCGCACUGACUACACUCGAAUGCCAAAAUAGGUCAUGAAGAGAGCGUGUCAU